UCUUGUCAGUCCCUCGUCUGUUUCCCUUUGCUCAUUAACUGUGUUUCUUUUCAGCUAAAACAAACCAAUCAACCAUUACCUACAAAUAUCAACUAUGAGAAAAGUAUAAACGGGAAUGUAGAACCGACAGUUGCACAAACGGAAGAUUCCCUGAUUGAAGGGCAAGCAGUCCCGAUACCAGCAGAAACCCAGACCUCUGAUGACCGGUUCAUGGACAUCUCUUCUAUAAUCGAGAGAUUCGAUGCAAAGGAAGCUAAGUUACUGAAACUACUGGACUCGGUCUCAGCCACAAUUAAUGACAUCAGAAAAAUUGAAGAGAAGAUAAAGGACACUGAGAGUCGCCCAUCUGACAUCUCUUAUUUAGAGGAAUUGAACAGGAAUAUCUCUAAGGAGGGUACAAUCUCCAAAUACCUCUUCUGGUCAUGUGUAUUUGUAUCGGGUGCUUUGAUGUUCUCCCUGUGUCUGAAUAUAAAGUUGACCAGGAAGAACAAGGCUAUUGCUCGUGCCAAAGAAGCGAGGCCAAGUGUAGCAGCUCAGACUGACUUCCAAACGGAACGUGCACACCCAUUGCUUCAAGACAUGCUGAAGGCGCUGGACGAUAGCGGAGAAAGCGAUGAUGAGUCUGAUUUAGAGGGUGUUGACAUGGAAGAUACCAAGAAACGUAAAAAGAAACGCUUUUGUUUCAAUGUGCGUAAAUAUUUUGGCAAUUGUUUAAAACGGAGAAAUAAGAAGAAAAAGACAAGUGUAAACUUGCACCAUGAGACAUCAAAUGAGAGUGAGGAAUAUCUGAGCGAGAUUUCAGAUGAAACCGAGGAAAGCUAUAAUGUGUAUUCCAGUUCAAGCGAGGAAACAACAGAUUCGACAUCAAUCGAAACUGUGGGAAGCGAUGAGUCCAUAACUGCAUCCCCAGGAAAGAAGAAGAAACGCGGCUUUAACGUUCUGCUUUGCGGUAAAAAAUGUAAAACCCUUGACUCUGAUGACAGAGAAAGUAGCAAGGGCAAAAAGAAAUACAUAGGGCUUAAACUUGGAAAAUAUUUCUGGCGUUAUAAACGAGCAAAGACGAAGAGAAGAGAGAAGACAAAGAAAUGUUUAUGGCGUUGGUGCCACCAUAAAGCAUCAGGUGAAGAAGAAGAGAGUCCGUACGAGACACCUGAUGAGAGUGAGGAAAGUAGUGAUGAGACUUUGGAUGUAACCGAGAAAAGUUAUGAUUAGACAACAUCAUAUGAAACAAUAGAAAGUGAUGAGUCCAUAUAUGUACCAGCAAGGGAAAGGAAGAAAAAGAAACUCAGAUGCUGAACAAAAGUUUUCUGUUAAAUCCCAGAAGGCCGGUGAGAUAACUCAGCCAGGAGGACAUAAAGAGGCAAAAGCUGAGAGGGCCAAAAAGAAACAUUUUGGAUUUAAAGUUGGUAAAUCUUUCUGCUGCUGGUCCAGCAAAACUCAUCAAAGAGAUAAAGGCCAGAAUGAUGCGAGUUGGCAAAAGAGACAUGUUUUCCCCUUAAAUUUAUAUUUUAUAAUAAAAUUUGAAACCUA